CAGCCUGGGACCGGCGGCUGCAGCGGCAGCGGAGGCUCAGAGUGUGUCCGGCUGCGGGACAGCGCGGCUCCCGGGGCGGCGGGCAGCCUCCUCCAGCCCCCGCUGGGUUUGUGGUUGCCGGGGGCGGCUGCGGGAGCUGAGCUGAGCUGAGUGCGGUGCUGCCCCGGCCCCGGCAACAUGAAGGACGGAGGCGAGAGCAAGGACCAGCAGCUGACCGUGGCUCUCCGCAUCCGGCCCAUAAACGACACCGAGGUGGAGGAAGGAGCCACGAUCAUCGCUCACAAAGUCGACAAGCAGAUGGUGGUGCUGAUGGACCCGAUGGGAGAUCCUGAUGACAUACUGCGAGCCAACCGGUCUCGGGAGAAAUCGUACCUGUUUGACGUAGCCUUCAAUUACUCUGCAACGCAGGACGAUGUGUAUCGGUCAACCACCAAGGAUCUGAUUGAGGGAGUUAUUUCAGGGUACAAUGCCACUGUAUUUGCUUAUGGCCCCACAGGUGCAGGGAAAACAUACACAAUGUUGGGGACAGAUAGUGAACCGGGCAUUUAUGUACGGACCCUCAACGACUUGUUCAAGUGCAUUGAAGAGACGAGUGAUGAUAUGGAAUACACAGUCUCCAUGUCGUACCUGGAGAUUUACAAUGAGAUGAUCCGGGAUUUACUUAAUCCGUUGUCUGGCUUCUUAGAUCUACGAGAGGACUCAAAGGGAGGGAUCCAAAUUGCAGGAAUCACUGAAGUGUCCACCAUUAACGCCAAAGAGAUAAUGCAGCUGUUGAUGAAAGGGAACAAGCAGCGGACCCAGGAGCCCACGGCUGCCAACAAAACCUCCUCUCGGUCGCACGCCGUCCUACAGGUGACCGUAAGGCAGAGGAAUCGCAUCAAGAACAUUUUGCAGGAGGUACGAAUUGGCCGCCUGUUCAUGAUUGACCUGGCUGGAUCAGAGAGAGCUUCACAGACACAAAACCGUGGGAAACGGAUGAAGGAAGGAGCGCACAUCAACCGUUCACUGUUGGCGCUGGGAAACUGCAUCAAUGCGCUGAGUGAGAAGGGAGGGAAUAAGUAUGUUAAUUACCGAGACAGCAAGCUGACCCGCUUACUGAAGGAUUCGCUGGGCGGGAACAGUCGAACGGUGAUGAUCGCUCACAUCAGCCCAGCCAGCAGCUCCUUUGAGGAAUCGCGCAACACUCUCACCUACGCCGACCGUGCCAAAAACAUCAAGACCAGAGUAAAGCGCAAUUUGAUGAACGUAUCCUACCACAUUGCUCAGUACACUAACAUCAUCUCCGACCUACGCAGUGAAAUCCAUCGGCUGAAGAAGAAGAUCGACGCACAACGAAUUCAACAAACAAAAAAUGAAAAAGCUGAUAUACGCAACGUUCAAGCCGAGGUACAGUUUCAUUCCUCUCGGUAUGACCGGAGGGAGAUGGAGAGGCUCCGCGAACAUCUGAUCACGGCCUUUCGGGAACAGAUGGAGAUUCGCCGCAAUCUCUUGGAACUGGAUAGCAAUAACAUGCAAAUCCAAGUGGACACAUCCAGACACCUACUGACUAUAGCAGACUGGGUGCAGGAAAAGGCACGGCGGGCCAGGAAAUGGAGAGAGGAGAAUCGCAAGGAGGUGUACAACAAGGAGGACAGCGAGAAGGACUCAGACACGGGGGAUGACCAGUCCGAUGUCAUGGAGCCGACAGAGGUGGGCAUGGCCCGGGAGAACGUUGCCGCACUCGUGGCCGAGCAGAAGAAGCUGAAGUGGCAGAAGAUGGAGCUGGAGAAGCAGUUUGCGGACAUCCGAUCGCGAGCUCACCGACUGGAGGAGCUGUUGCCGAAGCGGAUCAGCAGUGAGCAACAGCGCGAGGUGCUCAGCCUGCUGUGCAAGGUGCACGAGCUGGAGAUCGAGAACACGGAGAUGCAGUCCAUCGCCCUACUCAAGGACAACGUCAUCCGGCAGACCAACUACGUCAUCCAGCGCUUCGAGCAACACCGGCAGCUGUGCGCUGAAAUCAUUCAACAGCAACGGCAGAUCAUAGAUGAUCAUAACCUGCUGGUCCCGUCACAGUUGGACGAGUUGUAUGAGAUAUACCUGCGGGAGUUGGACGAGGGUAAUCUCAACCGGAUCGUAUCCAUGCACACUGUCACAACGAGAACCCUGAAGGAUGGCUCGGUCAUUAACGUGGCCCAGAAGCUAAAGGUGGGAGAAGUGGUCCAGGAUGUGGACUCUGACCAGGAGAGUGUGAGAACCAUUGGAUCGGAGAAACAUUAUCCUUGGAGAAAGAAUUGCAAAGACGUCCUCCCACCACUGGUUCCAGAGUCGGAGAGUGACAGUAACUGUGUGUUUAAAACCAGCCCCCUUGCUCAGCAGAGAAAGAAUUCAACGGUAAUCACCCCUCCUCCAAUCCACUUGAACGGACUGCUGAACCAAGAGGCACACCAGCUUGAGAGUUUGGUGAGUGUGAGUGGGAUGAGCAGUGCCAGCAGCCAUCUGAACUCAUCGCCCGACAGCAGCGAGAACUCUGUGGACCACCAGCAACCCCAGACAGUGUUCCUGAAAGACCGUAAGCAGAUGUUGACGGGCACCAAAAACAUUGCGGUGAAGGCAGCACGGCGGCGAUCAAAAGCGCUGGAAAAAGACAACAGGCUGCACAUUCUGGAACCGAUGAAGGAGAAAACAAGUAUCUCACUGCACUCAAUGAGCGAGACCGAGGAGUCGUGCUAUCGGGGAGAUCCCGGGCUGUCACUGACACUAUACAGGCAUCAGCAAGGGCAGGUGAUGAAGCACGCGGCCAGUGAGGACAAUCUGUCCAGCAGCACGGGCGAGACUGCCAACCAUCUCCAGCACCAUCGCGGCCACUCCCCCAAGGAUUGGCCUCAGUCCUACAAAAAGGAAAACAAAAAGACAAGCAAAAGAGAGGAAAUCGUAGAAGCCAAAAGGAAGAAACGGCGGUCAAGGUCUUUUGAAGUCAACGGUCAAGGGUUACCCAACUUGAAGAACAUCUCAUCUCGAUUCCAACCGUUGGAGAGUAUUUCGGAUAAUAGAUUUAAUGUCAAUGGCCAAUCUCAGUUCCGGACGCAUGGCAAAGCAACGCACGUGCCUGGGAAGGUGAAAUUCCCAAUCAGCCAUUAUGCAGGUGAGAGCGAGCUGCAGAUGUUGGAGGUGGUUAGUACACCGCCCAGCACCAUCUACCAGAGAAACUGCACUGGGAGAGGGUUGGUUGUACAGAAGAAGGUCCGAGGUCCAAAUAACACAGUGCCAGAUGCAGCCAGCUCAACCUCUGUGUUCCAUCAGGCUGGGAACUUCAAGAAGCCCGUCAGACGUAAUCCUCAGCCACAUUUUAACUACACCGUGACAAAUGGAAAGAAUGACGUCAGAUGUAAGAGACACUAACUGAGUGAAAGACAAGACUUUGAUGUGAAUCAUGCUAAAGACUUAGAGGAAGUUCAUGGUUUCUUGCUGGAAGAAAGCAAAAAAAAAACAUAUCUUCCACGGAUGGAAAAGAUAAAACUGCACCGAAAAAGGAACAGAAAACUGUAAAACAUUACAAAUUUGCAAAUGCAUAAGAUCUCUUUUUUAACUGUUAACAUAUUAUGUUUGUCUCGAUCGGUGGAUAGGCCUGAUUUUGUUAUAAAUGUAUCUUGAGAAACGGGAUUGUUCUGUGUUUUGCUUUUAUCGAAGGAAUACCAAGCUUGGCAUUGUUUGUCCAUUACCUAGUUCUAAAGAAAGCUUGGUGCCAAAUGCUCACAGUUAUUGGACUCAACUAGUUCCCUCUGGGUCUUGCAUUAGACAGGGUGCAAAUGAUUCUUUAUUAUUUGGUAAUAUAAUAGUUGAAAAUCUGCUCAUGACAUGCAUUGGCUUAAAAUGAUGCACAGAGUGAACUAAAUGUUUCAUUCUUUUUUAUUUAAGCAGGCUUUGUGAAUAUAUGAAUGUUCUCUUUUAAAACCAAGGCAGAGUGGAUGCCUUAUUCAUACUCCACUUCUGUCCAGGACUCGGACCAGACAACACACAGGUCCAAGAAUAUUCAUUGUAUUUUGUAUUAAAACCGUAAGCAUAUUAAUUGUUCUCCUUCAGCAGCAGAUACAUGUCAUUUGUGCAUCAGACACAUUAGGCGUUGAUUGAAGAUAAAUUAAGAUUUAUCUUAGAGGUCCACUUUUGAUCAAGUUUAUAACAAUUGAUUUCAAGUCAUCUUGUGAUGCUGAAGAAAUUGUUAAAUUGUUGUAGUUUUAAUUUAGCUCUUAGUUCCUGCACGUUAUCAUAAGCCUUUAAUUAGCUGGGACAAUGUGGUAAUCUUUAUCACAAAAUUACAGAACCUAUUGGCAAUAUUGCUUAGUUUUAGUCAGCUACAAAAGUUUCGUCAAGUGGAGCAAGUUAGUCUGUGCCAUUUUUAUAUGUGUGUUUUUAUUACAUUGAGAAGCAACUGACCAACCCAACUCACAGAAGGAAGAAUUAUGGGCUCAAUCUUACAAGCUAAUAAAUUCACCUUUACAGGGAAAGGCAUAUUAAAGCAGCAAAAUUCUGGUGUGCGUGAUCCCGAGGAGUUUAUUGCAAUGGGGCACUCACUGCUAGCCUGUUGAAUGAGCAAAGGCGAAUGGCCAACAGUUAUUCCACCAUUGCAGACAGAGCAACUGAACUCACACAUGGUACUAGACAAAUUAUAGAAACUGGGAAGUCGUGAAGAUUGUGUUAGGGCUUCAGAGGGGUGUCAUGACUCGAUCCUGAAGCUCGAGUAAGGUAGGCAGGGGUGGGCAAGCCCGUGAUGUGGUGGUAGUAGAUGAGAUGCCAUCGAGAGACACUUCAUCUAAAACAAUGAGAGAAAGCACACCGGACAAGAUAAUUUCUUGCAGAUGGCAUGGUGUGUAUGGGGAAAAAACAGCCUGAGAAACCACUGUGCAAUGUACAUUGGGCACCAUACACACAGGCCUGUAGGCAUUUUCAUAAAUGUCACUAACGACACAGUAGUAAACCAGUCAUCUCCAGUGACAGUCUUCUAAUGAAGGUCUAUUGUGCGGUGCCUAUAAAUAUUGCAGUAUGCAGUCGAAUUCAUGACCAGUGCUGAACUUCAGAUGCCUGCUCUUGUGCCCUAUGCAAAGCAACAAAAUCAAAGCUACUACAAUAUGAAGGAACAGUAAAGGACGUGAAAAGUGAGAAUAGCAAAUUAUUCCACGUUGAAAUUGUAAUAUUAAAAAAUGUGUUUUUCAUAAAAUGAUAUGUAUAGUAUUCCACCUUUAUGAUUUUGAGUCAUACAGUGCAGAAACAGGCCAUUUGCCCCAACUCGUCCAUGCUUGCCACGUUGCCCCAUCUAAGCUAGACCCAUUUGCUUGCAUUUGGCCCAUAUCUCUCUAAACCUUUUUUGAGGUACCGGUAAUACACUUGAACUUAAAGACCCAGUUGUGCCAUCUACAUAGAUCUGUUUUCAGUUUGCUAUUCUUGUUUGAUAUUAUUUGAUAUUGUUUUACUAUCAACAGCUAGACAGGUCUUUUACCUUACUCAAAUAAAUAGUGAUUUUACACAAAAUAAGACAUCGAACAUUGAGCAACAGAAACACAUUGAGGCAGGCGAGAUCUGGUAAGAGUUUUGGAUCUUAUCCAAAUUGGACACUUUACAAAACAACUAAUUGAUAGAAGUUUAAUUGGUGCUGGAAAAACAUAACACGAUGUACUGCAAAUGUUCUAAUUUCACUGAAAUUAUUAACUAAACACCAAAGUAUAUUUUCUUCUCUUCUAUAUGAAAAAAGUAAGCAAUUCCAGGAACAGCAUCUUAUUUUAAAAUAUCCCACAUCUUGAAAUAUAAAGUUAACGCUGUUUUUAAAAGUAUUUAAAAAAAUUGUAAAAUAUAUUCUCCUGAAUAAAUUUCUACAAAUUUUACAAAUUCUACAAAUUUUACAUUCAAUGGAUAAGCAGGGAAAGUCAAAGAUUGGACACACAAGGAACUGCAGAUACUGGAAUCUACAGUGGUGGAGGAAUUCAGUGGGUCAGGCAGCAUCUGUGGAGGGAAUGGACAGAUGAUGUUUUGGGUUGUCUGAAGAAGGGUUCCAACCUGUCACCUAUCCAUUACCUCCACAGAUGCUGCCUGACCUGUUGAGUUAUUCCAGCACUUUGAAUUUUGCUCAGGACAAAGAUUAUCUUUUAAACAUGAACAAAUCUGGAUUUUUUUUUUUUUUCGAUAUCUAUAUGCUCGCCGCUGUUAACUAUCCAUGUCAUUCACCCCAUCUUCCCUCCACCCUCUGUUUUAGACCGUCUAAAUCACAAAAAGGCAAGUCCUUAUUGUGCUGUCAUGUUCCAAGUCAUCUGCAUUCUUGUGAAUCUUAGGUGUUGGUGGAACGAAGAAUGAUGGAACAGUUAAUCCCCUGAGAAGGUGGAGAUGAGUCUUGGUGUGUUUCCCAUUGAGAGAUGUAGCCAAACUUCUUCAAGAUAACCUGCAAAAACAAAUUUAAUCUACCCUUAUGCUAAACAUAUAUUCUCCAACUCAAAAAGAUUUUAUGGAACAAUUUGACAUUUUUGGUCUUUUGCCAAGUUACAUUUUAAAUCCAUUAGGAGGUUUUUCAACAUAUUAUACUCGGCCACCCACGGUUGUUGUUUGCAAUUAAUUUGCUCUACAUGGUUACAAUGUUACUGGAAGGCAAUUCUUUGUGAAAAAGGUUCUUGGAGUAAAUUUCACUGGGGUCUAUGUAUUAACUUUAUAGAUUUUGAUGUACUAUAAUCGUGAGUUUUUUAACUGUUACCAAAUUUGUCACAAUGUUGCUACUAUAAUAAUGUUUUGGUAGCAUCUGAUGAUCUUUGUAGAAAAUGCCAUGCAAACAUUUUCUUAGUACAGAUAUUUACAGGUAUUUAUUUAACAAGCAUCUACCUAUAUAUAUAUAGUAAAUAUAAAAUAAAACACUCAAAAUGA